GGGAGCGAGGCCUCUGAGGGGGGGGGGAGCGAGGCCUCUGACGGGGGGAGCCCCCGGGCUGUUAUUGGGAAGGAUGCCGAGGACAAGUAACACUCUCUGGGAUAUUGCUGUAGCUCAAGUUUUGAAAAAGGAGAAUGAGGACGGCAAGGAGGAUGACCUGAAAACCAAGGAGAGAUCCGUGUUCUUCUUGGGGAACAAAAGUGGGGGAAAGACUACGAUAAUUCUUCGAUUUCUUGACCGUGAUGAAGUCCCUAAGCCCACGUUAGCUUUGGAAUAUACCUUCGGACGACGAGCAAAAGGGCACAACACUCCAAAGGAUAUUGCUCAUUUUUGGGAACUAGGAGGUGGAACUUCAUUAGUUGAUCUCAUUGAGAUUCCCAUUAAUAUGGACAGCAUAAGGGAUCUCUCUGUUGUUUUGGUUUUGGAUCUUUCCAAGCCUAAUGAUCUGUGGACGAGCAUGGAGAAAUUGCUGACAGCCGCAAGGAGGCAUAUAGAUAACGUUCUAAACGAACUGGGCAAAAAGGAUUCCAAAACUGCCAAUCAGUGGAAGCAGAGGGCCUGGAAAACUUUGCAGAAGGACCAUCCGGAUUGGGAAUUGGUGGAUCCAUUUCCUGUUCCUUUAGUGAUCAUUGGGAACAAAUAUGAUAUUUUUCAGGAUUUUGACUCUGAGCAGAGAAAAGUAAUUUGCAAGACGCUGCGUUUUGUGGCCCACUACUAUGGAGCUUCACUAUUGUUUUUCAGCAGUAAAUCAGAGCUUCUCAUGUCCAAGAUGCGAAACAUCCUAAAUCAAUUGGCAUUUGGCACUGACAGAAGCAAAACCAUAUCUGUGGAGCACAACAGGCCACUGUUUGUUCCAGCUGGCCUUGAUUCGUUGAGUCAGAUUGGGUCUCCACCGGCUACUGAAAUCGAUCUCGGAAAAAUAAAUGCACGAAACCCUAUGGAGCUGUGGAAGAAAGUUUAUGAACGGUUAUUUCCGCCCGAGAAUACGAGUGAAGUGAAAGAUAUCAAAGAUCUGGUUAAAGAUUCACAUUAUGCUGAACCUGAAGUGGAUGCCAUGAGGGCACAGAAGGACCAGGAGCUUGAGCAGUACAAAAAAAAUGCUGCCAGAUCGUGGAAAGAGUUGGAAUUCUACACGGAAGAGAGAUGAUCAUUUUAAUAAGGACUCUUUCACAAAGUGAACUGCGUGAAAUUUUCCGUACGGUGUCGGGUUGAGCUAUUUGGUACUGUAGUGAUUGAUUUGAAAAUUAACUUUUAUGUAUUUCAGUGAUGAGUGUUGAGUUUGUGCCAUUUUUCUAUGUAUAUAACUUGAAAGGCGUUUUGGUCAAGUGAGGUUGUAAUGGGUGUGUUUCACCUGUUCACUGGGAUGUCUCCGUUAUAAUUAAUGAUGGUUAUCUAAAAAUGUAUUUUUGCUCAAUAAAUAUGUUAGUUCAUUUUGA